AUGUCUGGCCGUUUCCAAGGAAAAGUUGCAAUUAUCACUGGUUCCUCUAAUGGAAUCGGUAGAGCAACUGCUCUAUUAUUCGCUAAAGAAGGUGCCAAGGUUACUGUAACCGGAAGGAAUCCAGAACGACUCGAGGCUUCCAAACAAGCACUUUUAGAUGCAGGAAUCCCUGAAUCUCAUUUUCUGAUUGUCCCAGCUGAUAUCACCUUGCCUUCCGGACAAGAUGACCUAAUUGCUAAGACAUUGGAGAAGUUUGGAAAACUGAAUAUUCUAGUGAACAAUGCUGGUGCCUCAAUCAAGGACCCCGAGAACAAGAUAGGAAUAAGUCAGAGUCUUGGGACCUACGAGGAGACUAUGAAGAUAAACGUGGAGAGCGUGAUCCAAAUGACACAGAAGACUCGUCCACAUCUGGCAGCCACCAAGGGAGAUAUCGUCAAUGUUUCGAGUAUUGUAGCGGUGAAAGCUGGGUGGUCCCUCCUUGCUUACUACCCGAUGGCAAAAGCUGCUUUGGACCAGUACACCAGAAGUGCUGCAAUCGACCUCAUCGCAGAAGGCAUCCGUGUAAACACUGUGAAUCCUGGAAUCGUGCAGACAGGAUUCCACGAGUCGGAGUUUGGGUUCACUAAGGAGGAAGCUAAGAAGUUCUACGACGAGAUUGGAUCCAACCGGUCAUCCAUUCCAGUUGGGUUUGCUGGCCGCCCGGAGCACAUUGCGAAAACUAUUGCAUUCUUAGCUGACCGUGACUCUUCUGAAUACAUCAUCGGACAGAAUAUUGUGGCAGAUGGUGGCACUACAUUGGUUUUGGGUAUCCAUGCGAAUGUGGCGAACACUUUGAAAAAUUCUUCAUUUGCUAAAUAA